AUGCUGCAGGAGAAGCUUUCAGCUGUGACGGAUGAAUGUAUGAGCCGGGUCCAGUCCGGUGGGGAGACGGAUCUCCUUCCAGACCAGUCCCGACUGGGCCUCUCCACAGCUCCCAGCAUUCCCAGCUCCAGUGAGCCCGACCAGAACAUUGAGAACAUUAAGGUUGCUCUUCAUGAGAGGGAGCUGUGGAAGAAGUUCCAUGAGGCCGGCACAGAGAUGAUCAUUACCAAAGCAGGCCGGAGGAUGUUCCCCAGCUACAAGGUUAAAGUGACUGGGAUGAACCCUAAAACCAAAUACAUCCUGCUGAUUGACAUUGUCCCAGCUGAUGACCAUCGCUACAAGUUCUGUGAUAACAAGUGGAUGGUGGCUGGCAAAGCCGAGCCAGCAAUGCCAGGCAGACUCUAUGUGCACCCUGACUCCCCCGCCACGGGAGCUCACUGGAUGAGGCAACUGGUGUCGUUUCAGAAGCUCAAGCUAACAAACAAUCACCUGGACCCUUUUGGACAUAUCAUCCUGAACUCUAUGCACAAGUACCAGCCCAGACUCCACAUAGUGAAAGCCGAUGAAAACAACGCCUUUGGAUCCAAGAACACUGCCUACUGUACUCAUGCCUUUCACGAGACAGCCUUCAUCUCUGUAACCUCUUAUCAAAACCACAAGAUCACUCAGCUAAAGAUAGAAAACAAUCCAUUUGCCAAAGGAUUCCGGGGUAGUGAAGAAGGAGAUCUGCGCGUUUCAAGACUACAGGGGAAAGAUUAUCCAGUGAUUUCAAAGAACAUGGUUCGCCAGAGGCUCAUCUCCUCGCAUAGCCACCUAGCAGGGAAGCUCGGAGCAGGAGUUCUCACAGGGCACCCUCAAGUCCUGUCCUCUUAUCAGUACGAGACUGGGGUUCCUUUGUCGAACUCAGACCCUCAAGAUCCCAUCUCGAACCACUUCCCUCAGAGCAGAGAUCCCAGCCUUCUGUACCACUGCUUCAAACACAGAGAUAAUGCCCGACACCUAGAGCUUGGAUAUCUGGAGUCAUCAUCUGUGGUCUCAGAGGAGCAUUACCUUCGUUCAGCUACCUCUUAUGAGUCGCCCUUGAUGUCUCAUCCGUACUGCACUGAGGCGAUCACCUCUAGGGAAGCUUGUAUGUACGGUAGUAUUGAGACAGAGUCUGGAUCAGGGGUCGGGGACACAGAUGACCUGACCAACUCCUCUUCAAUAAAUUGCAACAUGUGGGCUACAAUGCAGCCCUACCCUCGCUAUAGCGUGGAGGCUGUCCCAUACCAGCCUUUCACUGCUCACUUCACCAACGCUGCCACGGUCACGCAGGUUGUACCGCACCCCACAUCCUCCAUGGCAUCUCGACCACAGGCUGACUUGGGAGUCUACAACUCCGCUCCGGUUCAGCGAGGUCUGCCCGUUAUACCUCCUUCAUCCUCCUCUUCAUCCUGCUCACCAGCUGUUUCCGGAUCCAGAGAAAGGUCAGGCCAUCCCCCUCUGUACCACAAGAAACCAGGGUCCCCACUCCGGCCUCACAGAGAUUUCUCAGCCUAUCCCACACAAGGCACUAUAUCUAUCCGGGAUCCAUCCUAUCAGUACCAAGUUGGGCUGAGUAGCGCUGGGACUCACUGGACUGACGGCUAA